GGUACGAUGGCGCCAGCAUUUUCCUUGCAAUCUUCUUGGUCGCCGUCGUCUCCUCCGUGAGCAACUUCCGCCAGAUGAAGCGCUUCGACAAGCUCGCCGGCGAGUGCAACAACAUCCAUGCCAACGUCAUCAGAGAUGGCCGCCGGCAGGAUGUGUCCAUCUUCGACAUCGUCGUGGGGGACAUCGUCUUCCUCAAGAUCGGCGACCAGGUCCCCGCCGAUGGCGUCUUCCUCGAAGGCCACUCUCUGCAAGUCGACGAAUCCAGCAUGACCGGCGAAUGCCACCCCAUCGACAUCGACGGCCAAAAGAACCCCUUCCUCACCUCCGGCGUCAAAGUAGUCGAUGGCUACGCCCGAAUGCUCGUCACCGCCGUCGGCAUGGACACUACUUGGGGAGAGAUGAUGAGCACCAUCACCCGCGAGACCACCGAGCCAACACCGCUCCAGGAGCGGCUCCAGAAGCUGACGUCGAGCAUCGGGAAGAUCGGAAUUGCGGUCGCCGUCUUAGUCUUCGCAGUGCUGACGAUCCGCUACUUCACCGGAAGUACCAUAGAUGAGAACGGCCAGCCAAAGUUCGACAAGAGCAACGUGACAGCCAACGGCGUGAUCAGUGCCAUCGUGGAGAUAUUCCAGCAGGCGGUCACCAUCAUCGUGGUCGCCAUCCCUGAAGGUCUUCCCCUGGCGGUGACUCUAACUUUGGCCUUCUCCAUGAAGAGGAUGAUGAAGGAUCAUGCAUUGGUGCGGAGGCUCUCGGCGUGCGAGACGAUGGGCUCCGUCACGACCAUCUGCACCGACAAAACAGGGACUCUGACGCUGAAUCAGAUGAUGGUCACCGCGUUUUGGGUCGGCGGAGAAAAGGUUGAGCCGGGCGGCGCUGCUUCCAUCGAUACAAGAAUUCUCCGCUCCAUCCACCAAGGAGUUGGGUUGAACACGACCGGUAGUGUUUACAGGCCUAACUCUGUUUCGGAGCCAGAGAUCACCGGCAGCCCAACAGAGAAAGCACUUCUUUAUUGGGCAAUUGAGUUGGGGAUGGAUACCGAGGAGCUGAAAAGAAGUUUCCAAAUCAUCCAUGUCGAAGCCUUCAAUUCGGAAAAGAAGCAAAGCGGGGUUCUAGUGAGGGAGAAUGGAAGAGUGGCGACGGUCACACAUUGGAAAGGAGCUGCAGAGAUGAUUCUUGAUCGGUGCUCGAGCUACUUUGAGAGAAAUGGGUUGAUUCGAGAAAUGGAUGCUGAGAAGAGGAGGAAGUUUGAUCUCAUUAUCAAAGACAUGGCAGCUUGUAGUCUUAGGUGCAUCGCCUUUGCCUACAAGGAAUCUGAAGCAGAGGAUGUUCAUGUCGAUGAAGACGGAGCAGUUCGAAAGCUUGAUGAUGAGAGGCUAACUUUGGUGGGAUUAGUUGGCCUGAAAGAUCCAUGCCGGCCCGAAGUGAGAUCAGCAAUCAAGUCUUGUCGAAAUGCGGGAGUCACCGUAAAAAUGAUAACAGGGGAUAAUGUCUUCACAGCCAGAGCGAUCGCCGUCGAAUGUGGAAUACUCGGAGACGAUGACUGUGAUGGACUGGUGAUUGAAGGGAAAGAGUUCCGGAACUAUUCAACAGAGAAGAGAUUAGCAAUGGUGGAUAGAAUUCGAGUGAUGGCAAGGUCCUCUCCUUUUGAUAAGCUACUAAUGGUGGAGUCCUUGAAGCAAAAGGGUCAUGUUGUUGCAGUCACUGGAGAUGGAACAAAUGAUGCACCAGCACUGAAGGAAGCUGAUGUUGGGCUCUCCAUGGGAAUCCAGGGUACGGAGGUGGCUAAGGAGAGCUCCGACAUCGUAAUAAUGGAUGACAACUUCAGCACCGUCGUCACCGUCAUGAGAUGGGGAAGGUGUGUCUACAAUAACAUUCAGAAAUUUCUUCAGUUUCAGCUCACAGUGAACAUUGCAGCAUUGGUCAUAAACUUUGUGUCGGCGAUCGCUUCCGGUGAAGUUCCAUUAACUACUGUGCAACUCCUGUGGGUGAACUUGAUCAUGGAUACGAUGGGAGCUCUGGCAUUAGCUACCGAUAGACCAACAAAGGAAUUGAUGAAGAAGCCCCCGGUAGGCCGAACCGAGCCACUUAUCAGCAACAUCAUGUGGAGGAACCUCACAGCACAAGCUCUCUUUCAGAUUGCAGUUCUACUUGUGUUCCAGUUUGCAGGGAAGUCCAUAUUUGGAGUGAGUCAAAAGAUCAACAACACAAUCAUCUUUAAUACGUUUGUGCUCUGCCAAGUCUUCAAUGAAUUCAAUGCGAGGAAGCUGGAGAAGAAGAAUGUGUUUGAUGGAAUUCAUAGGAACAAACUCUUCUUGGGGAUCGUUGGAGUGACUUUGAUCCUGCAAGUGAUGAUGGUGGAGCUGCUGAAAAGGUUUGCUGGUACAGAAAGAUUGGGCUGGGGACAGUGGGGUAUUUGUGCUGGUAUUGCGGCCAUCUCAUGGCCAAUUGCUUGGAUUGUAAAGUGCAUACCUGUUUCUAGCACACCAAUCUCUAAACUUCUUGCUCGCUGUAAAGUUUUCUAGUAUGAUUCCUUUUUUUUAUUUGUUUUUUUCUAGAUACCUAGAUAGGCUAAAUAGAUUCUUUUAGUUGUUAUGUCCCAUGUGAUUCAAUAAAUGUUUUGUGUUAGAGGAUGUAUCUAGCUGCUCUCUUUGUUCUAUAACAAAUAAUGUAAAUGGCUUCCGGCAGAAUUCUUCAGUGGUUCCUUCAUU